GAGAUCUGAAGGCUCUGCAAAGGCUCCAGAUAACGGGGUGUUGGUGGAGAGCUUGGAACUGAAGGUCCGGAUUGUUCAGAAGUCCAAGCUUUUCCAGGAGGUGAUGGAAAGCUUUAAACGGUAUGCGGUCGGAAGCGAAAGGGUAAAACAGAUCCGGUGUCUUGCCCUUGGCUCUCCGUCGCAAGAUGCUCCCGCGUUGUACCAGCUAGCAUUUCUCCGCCAGGUGGCGGACCAUCUCCAAACCACCGAGGUUUCCUUACAUGACCCCGCUUUUAAUGACACGGAUAUAGCGUUCAUUACGGGUUUAGGGUACUCUGUCAGCGAGGAGGAUCCAUAUAAGGAGGUGCCACACACGUUUUAUUUCUUGCCGCAUGCCCCGUUGGGAUUGACCGAAACAAUAUUGAGCGAAUACAAGCCUGAGAUGUUCAUGGCGAAUGAUAUAAAGAUCCACGGUGAGCGGAAAACCAAAGUGGAGAUGUACGAAAAGUACCCGACCAUUGCGCUAGCAGCAAACUCAGUAGCGAAGGCAUGCCCAAAGGUAGAGGCUGGUGUUCCAGUAAAGUCUACCCCCGUCGAUGACGGCUUUGAGACUGUGAAAAAAAAACCCCGGAAGCGAACAAACAAGAAUUUAUACGUGGAACCAAAGAUAGAGUACGACUAUACACAAUGCUUCUUUAAAACAUGCUCCAUGACGCGGUACAGUGAGAUUGAAGGGCCCUGGGGAAACUCGUUCUCUGACUUGGCGUUACAUAUAUUUGAAUAGCAUCGGUGGUAUACGCAUAUAAUGAGGUUUUUGUAUUUGAGGAAGGAGCCCAGCAUCCGGAAAUUGUGUAUGACCUCAGGUCUCUCCGUGCAAAUCAACCUUAUCGAGAACCAUUCUCAAGAGAUGGCGUCAGUAACAGGCUAGAUCGCUCCCUUGUUAAGUACUAUAACAUACGGCGGCAGCACCCCUUGGAUUUUUCCGCUCAAAUGACACGUAAAUCGUAGGAUAAUCACAUGGCAUAAUAUAUAAUAUAAAGCAGUCAAAUACUCUUAUAUUUAGAUAACAAGCGGUUUCAAUGGUUUGAGUAACUCGUCUUGCCCUCGCUGCUCCUUCUCCAGGCUUCCCAAAGAGGAAACACUCGAUGAGUU